GAUAGUCUCAUGUAUCACGUAUUCGUAUAUAUCGAUGACGUAAUAACGAUUCAUCAUGUGGUGCAUCUAAGAAAUGACGUAAGUGGGGCACCAUGAACGAAUGAUCAGAUUUAAAUAAAAAUAUGGCGUUGGGCGGUGACAUGUGUCGUUAUUUGGAUCAGUAGUUCUUUAAUUGUAUGAUACAAUGUUUCAUUUACUGAAAUGUUAUUAUAAGAAAAUUGAAAAUUUUAUCAUAUCAAGUUUUCCAAAAACGUAACCUAAAGUGUAUACAUAAGUCAAUAUAAAUUAUAGAUAUCAGUACCGUUUUUAACCUUAAUAUAGAUUUUAAUAUAAGACUAUUAUACUUUCAUAUUGAUGAUACUUAAAAAAUUUUGUGCGGUUACCAUAGCGAGUUAUUAGAAGAGAUAGAGAGAGAGAGAGAGAGAGAGAGAGAGAGGUUAUGUCGACAUUUCAUCUUGACAGGCGCAACUGCUCAGCUGCGUUAAGAAGUAGAAUAUAAAAAAAGUCGCAAAAAGGUUGCGAGCAGUCAGUAAUCAUUCGGCUCUCGACUGAGCAGGUAGUACGUAGAAGGAUCUUACCAAUUUUUUCGAAGUGAACACAUUUCAAUUUUGCUAUCUUUCUGAUUUGUUCAGAAAAUCAUUUUACAAUUUUGAAAAUAAAGAUACGAAAGAAGAGAGCAAAUAUGGACGACAAAAGAAUUGAGCAUAUUGUAAUGACACCAAAAUGCAAAACUGGGAAUUCAACAACUUUGAUUAUAGAAAGGCAGGCUUUAGAACCUCCCACAGAAAAUGGAAAUGAUAAUGUACAUGUGGCUGGUGGAGAUCACAAAGGAAUAGUUAUCAAUAAACAAGCUAUUAAUGUGACAAAUGGUGAAGUAUUACCACCUCAUCUGUGUCUUCAAUUUAGAGUAUUUUUAGUAAGUACACAAACUGGGAAACAUACACAAGAGUCUAGAACACUUGAUUUUUGGUUUUGCGACACUUGUUCAGAAACUGAACAGCCCACUGUUGCACAAGAAUUUUUCAGAGAACUGGUUGCACCACAAGAAUUUCCAAGAGAUUAUGUGGGAUUUAUAAAGAAAAUAAUGAAGCUAAUGCAACACAAGUACUCUAGUAUUAAAAAAUUAGAAGUUGAACUGAAACAGCUUGAAGAACCAGUUUCGCUUCCGACUAGACCAUCUCGCACCGGUUACUUACUCAUCACACUUCCUUCGUCUAAGAAAAUUAUUUGGAGAACAGUAUCUACAGAUGAAGCUGUUAUGGAUCAAAUAGUAGAGCUCACUAUAGAAAAGGUGUUGGAACUUAUUGAAUCUGCUUAUCCAAAUCCAGUUACUGUGAUUGAUAUAGCAAAAGAACAUGGUUGGGAAGUAUCUGCAGUUGAAGCCAAAAUGAAGGAAUUACAGGAAAAAGGUGUUGUAAAAGCAAUGGAACAUGGAGCCUUCACUAGAGUAGUACAUCAAGAUACUCAAGUUCAGGUUGUUAAACAAAUGCCUACAAUAGCCAGUUCUAAGCAGCCAACAAUAGCAAUUAUCACGGCACAGUAUUGCGAAAAGCUUGCAGUAGAUUCUAUGAUCGAAAAUAAAGAAACAUUUGUUCGAUACACGACUGUAGGUACAUCAACAUCGCCAGAUAUGACAGACGGAGUACCGCGCGUGAUUUGCCGUUUUGGAGAAUCAAACGUGUAUACAUUGGGUAACAUCGGUGCUCAUAGGAUUGUUUGCACAAAACUACCAACCGUGGGUCAUACUCGAGAAGCUAUGACCGCAGCAGGAAAUACUACGACUAGACUAUUAGGUACUUUUCAAAAGGUUGAUUUCGUGUUCCUGGUGGGUGUUGGCGGAGGUGUACCGCAUUAUACGGAUUACAACAAGCACGUGAGACUCGGCGAUGUGGUUGUUUCACAUCCAACUCUGAUUAAUAAAAAAUAUGUAUACGUAUACUGUGAGAGUGCGAAGAUGAAUGAAAAUGGUAACUAUCAUUUCGAGACCAAAGAAUACUGUCCACCUAAUCUAGGUCUUCAAGAGAUAGCCGUUAAUCUUAAACAACAGUCGGAGAACGAGAUAAGUCCUCCUUGGCAAGAGUAUCUGAAGGAAGGUAUAGAAAAUUUAGGUAAUCAAGCGGAGCACGAUUUCAAAGCACCACCCCCUGAAUCUGAUAAAUUGUACAUGGCUAUUGGAGACAGAGACGUCAUCGAAGUUGCUCAUCCUAUUGCUCCUCAGGAUACGACGAACAAGAGAAUGGAGGGUUGUCCUCGAAUCCACUUAGCACCAAUCGCUUCGGGUCGACAAAUUGCACGAGACGAUCAACUCAGGCAAAAAUUUGCCACUCGGUUUGGUGCUCUUGCUUUCGAUGCUGAAAUGGAUGCCGUCGUUGAAAGUAUCCUUGGAAAUUGUAGAGAGAAUUUCGCAGUGAUACGAGGUAUCUCCGAUUACAAGGACGGUUCUCGUAUCAAGGAGUGGCAACCUUACGCGUCUUUGGCAGCUGCGAGUGUUAUGAAAGCCGUUAUUUGCGCUAUGGAUCCACCAACCAAUGUUUAAUCUUCAUUGCUUUCCAGUUCCUUAAGUGGAUCGUUACCCGAAUUACUUAAUACGUCAUGUAUCGCAUUAAAAUGCGAUAUAGACCAAAUCUUUUCAUAAUCGAACGUCAGGUAACUUCGUUGACUAUAAAAUUGAUCGGCACAAAGUGCAUAAUAAUCGGCGAAUACUUUUGUUCGUCAUUUUUCACGGAUAUAGAAAUCUUACUAUAUACGUAGAAAUUGUUAUAAACGGGCCACCGGCAAUUUCAUUUUCUACUUUUAUUUCCGUUUCUAUUUGUCGAAUUUUUAUGAUGUAAUAGGUUUACACGAAGUGAUUUCCGAUAUAAAAAUAUAUAUGACGUAGAUGUUCGAUAGGUACAAUGAGAUCGUAAACCAUUUUUGGUUGCUGGUCAACCGUGCAAUAAAACGAUUGAAAGAUACGCGUAAUUAUCGCCUUUCAAAAUGAUUUUUUUAUGUAUUUUACAAAGAGAUAAUGUUUCUACUGGAAAGUGCCAUUUUUUCAGAUAUCAUUUUUCUGACAAGAAAUCAAGUUCCAAUUCGAUUUUAUAUCACAACUUUUUCUGCACAAAUAUCGUUCGGGAUAUUCGAACGUGGCAAUUAUACUGACAAUAACGGUUGAUCUUAUACAAACGAGAUCUUCCUUGUAGUUUUCCAAUUAAUUUUAUCUACUUAGCUUCGUUUAUCAUUAUUACUUAUGCGCGAAUGCCCAUGCCAAUAGAUCGAAAAUGUACCGUUCAUGUCAGUCGAAAAGUUUAUAUCAAUGUGAACGCCGAACAAAUUUAUAUCGAUAUUGAUUUUAAUUAUUUCAUAGAAACAGUGCCAUUGCUACUGUCCGACAUUAUAGAAUGCUUUUUACCUAAAGUGAUUAUCUAAGUUAGAUCUGCAUUUAGAAGUGGUUCCUUGGAUAUCUUUUCAAGAUUAAACUUUUAAUAGAUUGAUUUCAUGAUUUAUGAAUAGAACGUAGAGGAAGAAAGUAUUAAAUGUUAGGACUGAAAGGAAACGAGAAUAAAACUCGACUAUUUCACGGAGUAUUUUCGCUGUCGUACUUUCCAUCGUAAUAUAGGUAUCAAUCUCAACUUAAAUUUACUCGAUGAACGUAGCUAGGUUUAGAUGUGAUAGUCGCUAUAAAGAAAAAGUACGUUGCCAUCGUUUGGCGAUAUUUCUCAAAAUCCAAUCAAAUUAAUCGUUACAAUAUUAGGUACAUCUAUGAUCAUUACAUAUUUACCAGAGUAUAUUGAUGUUUUAAAAAGAUCACAUUUUAUUCAGGAAGCUGCAAGAGUGUUAAAGAUUACCUAACGUAUAUGGAUACUUUUAUAUUGAUUUACUAUUGUCGAAAAAAGAAUCGAUCGAGGAUAAAAUCGAUGUCUUCUCAGACGAGUGUUCU